AUUUAAAAAAAAAAAAAAAAACUCAUCCAAAGAGGAAGGAUCCCCAAGGUCCCCCGUACGCGCAAAGCAUCUCUGUUAAGCAAUCCUAAAACACAAGUCUCUCAUUUCUUUCCUCUUCCUUUCCAAAUCCAUAUCCAAACCCUCCACCGUCCAAUGGUUCCAACACCGUCAAUACCGCCGCCGAACCCCCAACAAAUCCAACAAUUCCUCUCCUCAGUCCUUUCCCAACGCGGCCCUUCCUCCCUCCCUUACACCGAAGACACCAAAUGGCUAAUCCGCCAACACCUCCUUUCCCUCAUCUCCCACUGUCCUUCCCUCGAACCCAAAACCGCCACUUUCACUCACAACGACGGACGAUCCGUUAACCUCCUCCAAGUCGAUGGCACCAUCCCCAUGGCUUACCAAGGUGUCACUUACAACAUCCCGAUCAUAAUCUGGCUCAUGGAAUCUUACCCUCGUUACCCUCCCGUUGUCUACGUGAAUCCCACGCGCGACAUGGUCAUCAAACGCCACCAUCCUCACGUUACUCCGUCGGGGUUAGUUUCGAUCCCUUAUUUGCAAAAUUGGAUUUAUCCAAGUUCUAAUCUUGUUGAUUUGGUCGUUAAUUUAAGCUCUGUUUUUUCUCGUGAUCCCCCGCUUUAUUCCCAACGUCGUCCCAGUCCUAACCCAAACCCCAAUCUCAGCCCUAACCCUUCUAUUAAUUCCUCCAUGAAUUCUAGCUAUGGGCAGUCGCACCCACCGCCGAGGGUGGCUGCCGCUGCGUCAGGGUAUCCUCCUUCGCCUUAUGGGAGGGUACAGCCGCCGUAUCCUCCUCCUUCACAGACGGAGGAUGCCGCGGAGGUUUAUAAGAGGAAUGCGGUGAAUAAGUUGGUGGAGGUGGUUCAUGGCGAUAUAAGUGGGAUGAGAAAAGCUAGGGAGGUUGAAAUGGAAGGGUUGUUUUCAGCUCAAGCGGUGUUAAGAAGGCGAGAGGAAGAGAUUAAUAAAGGGUUGAAAGAGAUGCAAGAUGAAAAAGAAGGUUUAGAACAGCAGUUACAGGUUGUGUUGAUGAAUACCGAUGUGUUGGAUAGUUGGGUUAGAGAUAAUGAAGGGAAAACUAAGAACUUAGGGGAGAGUAAUGUUGAUGUUGAUGAGGCCUUUCAUUGUGUUGACGUGCUUUCCAAGCAAAUGUUGGAUUGCACAGCUGCCGAUUUAGCUAUUGAGGAUGUGGUUUAUUCGUUGGAUAAAGCAGUGCAAGAAGGGGCUGUGCCGUUUGAUCAGUAUUUGAGAAAUGUGAGGUUGCUGUCAAGGGAGCAGUUCUUUCAUAAGGCAACCGCAGCUAAAGUUAGGGCAGCUCAAAUGCAGGCUCAGAUUGCUAGUAUGGCUGCUAGAGCACCACAUUAUGUCACAUGACUGGUUAUUGUUUUGUUUUGGGAUUUGUCUAUAAAAAAGGAUCAUGUGAUUGGAGGAAAGGUUAUGUGGAAUAGUCAAGAUGCCUUUAAAGCUCAACAAGCGAAGGGAGGAGUUUUAGGCAGAUCUUAUAAUGAAUGCAAUGUAAUGAGGAACACAAAUGAUUUAGUCAAGGUUUUUAGGAUGCAAUUUUCCUUUUUAUGACAGUGGCUGAAGUUGUGAGAAGAUUAUCAUUAUAUUAGUUUGCCUCUUUUGCAGUCUUUAACUAAUCAAUGCAUCAAUCUGUUAUGUUGUUGUUUGGUUUCAACUUUUAAAACAUUUAGAAAUGAUAGUUAAGAAUCUGAAUAGCAUGGAAUGUUAUAAUCUGCAUAGGUUGUUAACUCUGCAAGCAAGACAUAUUUGUUUCUUGAUUUGUGUUGUUCCCUUGCGUGUCAUUCCCUAUAAUGAUUGGAUCCCAACUAUUUACAUCCUGAAGGUUUGAAUGGGGUGUCACAUCCCACAUGUUACUUCAUGUUCUUGCUUUUCACCAAAUAACUGCCAAAUUGCCUUUCGAAACAAUUAUAGAAAACAACAUUUUAGUCCAAUGGUUGGAGUAAACAAUGUCAUAGCCCUUAGUAAAAUCUCAAGAUAAUUACAAGUCUUAAGCUUAGCAAACCCUUAAGCCAUACCGAAUUUCCCUCUCUCUCCAACCACAGCAAGCUCAAGUUCCUUCUCUGAAAUUGGAUUCCUUGAGAACAGACUGAUGGAACUGCCAUUGAAGUCACCUUGAGUGAAUCCAAAAUCCAUGGAAACCACCCAAGUCAAGCACCUCUUGGCCUGUUGACACCCAUACACCUUGAGCUGAACCAAUGGCUUGGGUAGUCUUUUCAGUCAGUG